AUGAGGAUAUCAUUCUCCCUUACAUUCAUAUUAUUUUUUGCCUCUUACACCCUUGCUGAUGAUUCCAGCAGUGCUACUGGAACGAUGCCAUCAGGACAGCCACCUACGGCGAUGGGUAGUGCUGGAGGUUCAGCUCCUGGUGGAGGUGGCGGGAAUGGCAAUAGCGCAACCUCCAUGUUUUUGACUGGAUCGUAUACCGUUUCCAAUGAGACUGUAACUAACUCUACUAUAACUGUGGCUGCUACUUCCUCAAACACAUCUGUCAUAUUGAUCACCAACAGUGGCCAAUUGACGCUCUCUGACGCAUUCAUCUCGAAAAGUGGUAAUACCACCUCCGAGGACGACAGUAAUUUCUACGGUUUGAACGCUGCUGUAGUCGCCCAAAAUGGAAGUUCACUUACAAUUUCAAACUCUUAUAUUUCUUCCAACUCUGACGGCUCCAACGCGAUUUACUCCACUGGAACUGGGACCACCAUUUACGCAUACAAUGUCACACUAAAUACAACAAUGAAUUCAUCCCGUGGCCUUGAUGCAACUCAAAUGGGAUAUAUUUACGCUAAAAAUGCUACUAUCACAACUUAUGGUGACCACUGUGGAGCCUUUGCGAACGAUCGAGGUACGGGAAUUGUCGUAGUAGAUGGCGCUACAGUCAACACUUAUGGGUCAGGAUCACCUGUCGUUUACUCUACUGGUAAUAUAACUGCAUCUGAUGUCAUUGGAACUGCUCAUGGCUCGUCUGCAAUUGUGGUGGAAGGUGCCAAUAAUGUAACAUUGACUAAUUGCAACGUCAGUGGUGAAGGCAACCAAGUACAGCCGUAUGGUGUCAUGCUGUACCAAAGCACUUCCGGGGAUGCUCAAGACGGAACCGCAAUACUCAAUAUGACGGGAGGAAGCCUAAAUUACACUGGAAACUCAGGACCGUUAUUUUAUAUCACCAAUACUGUCUCUGAGGCUUACCUUAGGAAUGUAACUAUGAAUUUUUCGACUGGCUCGUUGAUUGAGGCAUCAGAUGAUCAGUGGGGCAGUUCUGGCUCAAAUGGCGGCAAGUUGACAUUUGUUGCCUUCAAUCAAGUUUUGUCAGGAAACAUAUCAUGCGGAAAUAUAAGCAGCAUCUCCAUUUCAUUGAAUCAGUCGUCCAUUAUAACCGGAGCUAUCAACUCAAAUAAUAAUGCAAGCUAUAUAUACUUUACUCUGGAUACCUCUAGCACAUGGAACGUCACUGGCACAUCUUAUAUAUCAAGUAUCGCCGCUGAUGAUACUUCCUUUUCCAAUAUAUAUGGUAAUGGUCACAAUGUCUACUAUCUUUCCAGUAACAAUACCUGGUUGGGAGGCAAAACGUAUUCUUUGCAGAACGGAGGAAAUCUAAUUGCGUAUUCAGCUAAUGCUUCUACAAGCACUAGCUCAGGAACCAUAUCAUCUGCAACCAGCGUGAGCAGUAUAUACUCCCUAUUUUCUUCACUUCUUUUUCUCAGCAUUAUCUUCAAUGUGUAUUGA